AUGUUUAUUGUGACAACUGUACAUUCAUCCCCAACGAUGGCACCCAAAGAUGGCUGCUGGUGUUGGGCUGUUGUGGUUGCUACCUUUUUUACACAGUUCAUUAUAUGUGGCAUCACAUACAGCCUGGGUGUGUUCCAUGUGAUCUUUAAAGACAUGUUUAAUCAGAGCCACUUUGAUACAUCAUGGGUUGGUUCCAUUCUGCUGUAUGUCACAGCAUUAUCAAGUAUUAUGUUGCGGUUUGUAACCAGCCGAUGGGGACCACGUGUGAGUGUGAUGGCUGGUGGUAUCUUGUCAGCCACUGGUCUUUAUCUGUCCAGAUUUGCACAGGACAUGUUUCACUUGUACCUCACCUUUGGUUUGCUGACUGGUCUCGGGUUUGGGUUGGCAUGCUCACCUUCAAUCGUGGCAGUGGAGAGGUACUUUAUUCAUGGAAGGUUCCGGGCUCUGAGUGCAGUUUUGGCUGGAGUUGGUGCCGGCAUCAUCACAUUCCCUAUGCUGAUACGCUAUUUGGUGGAUUAUUUUGCCUGGAGAGGAGCAAUGCUCAUUCUUUCUGGAAUCGCCCUCAACCUCUGUGUCUGUGGAGCUAUCAUGAAACCAACAGGUCAUGAAAGAGAAAUGAAGCUAAUGCCAAUGCUGUCAUGUGUUCCUCUGCAGCACCCUCUGUUUAUUGGCAUGUGCUUCGCUAACAUGUUCUGGAGUUUUGGUUCAACCAUCGUGUAUAUGUACCUCCCAUCCUACGCAAUGGCUGAAGGCACACCAUUUGAAACUUCCGUUUUCUUGAUGUCCUGCGUGGGAAUUGCCAGCUUUGCUAGCCGCAUAAUGUUUGCAGUGAUGGGCCCAAGCAGUACCUUGGAUGAUGUAACUUCAACUGUAUGUUCCUUCGGCUUGGGAGUUGUUGGGUACACAAUUCUCUUCGGGUUCUAUAGUGGCUUCUGGACAACUUUCUUGUCUCAGGUGUCGAGGGAGCUGCUCGGUCCAGAGUACAUCGCAGUUGGCAAUGGAUACCUGUCAUUUAUGGUGGCUAUUGGAGCUCUUACUGGUGGACCUCUUGCAGGUCUGCUGUGGCAACAUGAAAAUGACUUUAAGUAUGUGUUUUACCUGGCUGGGGCCUGCCUGUUAUGGAGCUCUGUGGUAAUGAUACUCUUUAAACUGAAGAGAUGCCGAGCUCGAAUAGAAGCAUCAGGGUCUUCAGGUGACAAGGAACACCUUUUGAAUGGCUCACACUCCAAGGAACAUAAGGUCCCCCUCAUGCAUGAGGGCUCUGGGAAGGAAGAUCAUACAUCAGCUACUGGCAACGACACAUCCGUGUGGGUACAGCAUGAGGGUGUUUAG